AUGGCUUCAGGUUUUCUCGUUUUGCUGCUUCUCAUGAACGGAGGCUUUGUCCUACCUGUCUGUUCGAAGGACUGUUGGGAUGACACCCACACCAUCUGCGCGAAGACGCACAACUGCCGGAGCAUGUGCCAGGGUCGCGGUCGGACGGAUGGGCGCUGCCAUUGGGAGUUCCCCAACCUGGUGCCCUUUUGCCAGUGCUGGCGCCCCAACUGCUCCCCCUAG